AUGAGGUUGGCAACACUAGCUCUGAGUGUCUGCUUUCACUCAGCCCUUAUCGUAGCUCAUCCGAGUACCGGACAGAGGAAGCCUCGCGACAAGGAUUAUUCGGUGAAGUCAAAUUAUCACGAUAAUAUUGGCGUCCUCCAAUAUGUGAACCCUCACAUCGGCACAUACGGAACUUCACCGAAUGAUAAUGGUGGCAUGAUCCCCUCAGUAUCCGUACCUUUUGGAAUGACGCGGUGGACGCCGCAGACACGUGAGAAUUAUAUAUCACAGGUUCCAUAUCACGACAAUGACUCACUUGUGCACGGAUUCCAAGCUACACAUCAACCAGCUAUUUGGAUGGGAGAACUUGGCCAGACUGUCAUCAUGCCUGGCUGGACUGGCGGGAUCAAAUCAGCCUUUGAGCAGCGCGGGCUGGCCUUUGACAAGAAAGACGAAGUCAGCACCCCUUACGUAUAUGAAGUCCUACUAGAUGCAGAUACGGAAGGGGAGCAUAACUGGGACCUCACAGAAGCCGCUGCCGGAGAGGGGCCUGUUCCGGGUGGCGCCGGCGGAGUCCCUGACGAUAUCCGUGAGGGCGUAAACGGUAGGGCACAGAAACGGUGGGCUGCAAGAAAGCCUUGCAGACGCUCAAUCCGAGUUGCAAUGAGCGCCUUGGCUCAUACCGGCCACCUAAGGCUCGACUAUGAAGCCGCAUGCUCCACCCCUAGCAACUCAGGUGGUACACCCGUAUAUCGAUAUGUUUUCAUCCAGGCAACUCGCCAGAACUGGACUGGUCACAUCGAGGUUGACCUUGAGAGACAAGAAAUCUCUGGCAGUAAUCCACAACGACAAGACUAUCGUCUAGGGCCAGAUAAACCAGCGACGUUCAGUGGCUACUUUGUGUCUCGUUUCUCGGAACCAUUUGUCUCAUACGGCACAACCUUCGGACGAAAUAUUUCGGAAAGCAGUCGAAACGGCUCGGGUGAGAACCUUGGCGCUUACGUCCAGUUCAGCCCCAAAACUACUAGAAUUGAAGUCCGCACGGGCAUCUCAUUUGUCAGCGUUGAGCAAGCGAGGAAAAACCUAGACCUUGAAAUACCAGACCGGACUUCUUUUGAAGACACUGUAGCGCAAGCGAAGGCUGCGUGGUUGGAGAAGCUUGGCAGGGUUACUAUCGAGGGUAUCAACGCUACAGACAAAGAGCACGAUCAACGAACAAUUUGGUACACCGGACUUUUCCACGCACUACAAUACCCCAAUGAUUUCUCGGAGCCCACGGGGAGUGAUCCUGAUUCUCCGCGGGUAUUCUACAACGGGUACACGGACAGCAUUCACACCAGAAACGAGUCGUACUACCAGUCAUGGUCCAUCUGGGACACCUACCGCGCAGAGCACUCUCUUCUCGCGCUAUUCGCCCCCGAGCGCGUGAACGGGAUGAUGAGGUCUCUUCUGAACAUCUUCGACUGGAGCGGUAGACUGCCGAUGUGGGCAAACAUGGUCGAAACGAAUAUUAUGAUCGCGACUAACGCCGACGUCGUCCUUGCCAACGCCCUUUCUCGCGGCUUUCGCUCUUUUAAUAUCAGCAAGGCUUGGGAUGCUGUCCGGAAGGACGCAUAUGAGCCUCCUGAGAGAGACACGGAGCUUCUUUAUUAUGAUAGAGAGCCUGAUACCCCUUAUGAGGUCCGGGCUGGCCUGACGAGCUAUAUGGAUCAUGGGUGGGUGGACAAUGACCGCUGGGCGGAGUCUGCUUCGAGGACUCUUGAUUAUGCGUUUAAUGACGCGGCGUGUGCCAUCGUAGCUCGCAUAGCAGGUAAACACGAAGCGGCAGCAGCCCUCGACAACAGAGCGAAAAACUAUGCAAACUUAUGGAACUCCGAGACCCAAUUCAUGCAAGCGCGAAACGAGAACGGUUCCUUCGCAAAUGAAACUUGGGGUUGGACAGAAGGGGACAAAUGGGCAUAUACCUUCGACGUCCCGCACGAUAUCGAGGGUCUAGCAAGCUUAUUCAAAGGCGGUCGAGACGGUAUGAAGAUAAAGCUCGACGAACAUUUUGAUGGCGGACAUAACAUGCAUAGCAACGAGCCGUCGCACCACAUCCCGUAUCUGUAUUCAUUAAUCGGCUAUCCGAACGCUGCUGCUAAGCGCAUCCGCAGCAUAGCGUGGGAUAACUACAACGCUACGAGCUCGGGCCUUAGCGGGAACGAGGAUCUGGGGCAGAUGAGCGCUUGGUACCUGUUUUCUGCCCUUGGGUUUUACCCUAUUAAUUCAGCGGGCGAUGAGUAUGUUGUUGGAACGCCUUUCUUUGAGAAGGUUACUAUUCGAUUACCGAGGGGUGUGGCGACGGGUGGUGAGAUUGGGAGAGAUGGAGAUGAGGAGAGGAAACUUGUGAUAUCUGCCCCUGGAGCUACCCGGAAGCCUUAUGUCAAGGGGUUGAGUAUUGAUGGGAAAGUGAAAGAUGGUCCUGUUAUUACGCAUGGUGAGCUGGUUAAUGCUAGACUGGUCUUGUUUGAGAUGAGCGGUUCUCCGACGGGCUGGGGCACUGGGGGCGCGUAA